AUGGAAAACCGAAUAGACACAAUAGAACAAAGGAUGAACAACUUUGAAGGAACAAUGGAGCAGAUUCGCCAGCUGGUACUGGAGCAGCAGUCGAGAUCGCAAGUCACAGUGGACCAAAUUCGUCAGUUGAUUCAAGAGCAACCAGCUCGGAAUCAAGUGAGAAAUGGACGACCACGUGGAGGAGAGUAUGAUGACGACGAGGAAGAGGGAAGCGAAAGGAGUGCGAUUUCGCGUGAUUCAAGAUCCCGAAAUCGCCGUCACGGUGGAGGAAAUGGAUUUCGUUUUCUGGGAAGCAAACGAAGGUUGGAGAUUCCGAUUUUCAAAGGGGAGGACGCGUAUGGGUGGCUCGUUCGUGUUGAGAGGUAUUUUCAUCUAAAUGGGGUGAAGGUGCGUGACAAGUUAGAUGCAGUGGUGCUAGCCAUGGAAGACAAAGCUCUGAAUUGGUAUCAAUGGUGGGAGGAGCAGGCACCAUUGAGGACUUGGGAAGAGUUUAAAGUUGCUGUGAUGAGAAGGUUCCAACCCGGUUUACUGCACAAUCCGAUGGGACCCUUGUUAAGUUUGAAACAAAAAGGGUCUGUUGUAGAGUACAUGGAGAAAUUUGAAAUGCUAGUAGCUCCUUUGAGAAGGGAGGAGAGAAUCAUGCUGGAUUCAAUUUUUUUGAAUGGAUUGAAAGAAGAGAUUCAAGCUGAGCUUAAACUCCAUGAGAGUCAAAGCCUAUCAGACCUAAUGGACAGGGCUUUACUCAUUGAGGAGAAAAAUGAUGUGCUGCAUAAGAAGGGUGGCUCUUGGAGAGAUAGAGAAGGACCCUUAAAACUUAAAGAUCCUGCAGACUUUGGAGGAUUUAAGAAGGAAGGGGAAAGAGUCAGUAGUGGGGGAAAUGAGAAAUACAAGGGUAGGAGAUUGAAUCCUGCAGAGCUGGAAGAGAGGAGCAAAAAAGGGUUGUGUUUUAAGUGUGGAGACAAGUGGAAUAGGGAGCAUAUCUGUAAGUUCAAGCAUAUGAGCUUGAAAUUGUGUGAGAAUAGCAGUGAUGAAGAAGAAGAAACAGGGGGAAUAGGGGUUCAAACAGAAGAACUGGUGGAAGCAGAAGAAGAAUUCAAAACUCUACAAUUGUCGAUGCAAAGUAAACAAGGAUUUACUUCUAACAAAUCUUUUAAAGUGUGGGUGACGGUGCAGGAGAAGAAGCUGGUAACCCUAAUUGAUUCAGGAGCAACAAGUAAUUUUAUUGAUGCCAAACUAGUAGAACAGAUGGGAUUGAAGUUGGUAGAAACUCCCCCUUAUGUAAUUGAGGUGGGAAAUGGUGAAAGAGUCAAAUAUCAGGGAAUCUGUGAAGGGUUGAGAUUUAUGGUGCAGGGGGUGGAAUUUAACCAACAUUUCUUUUUAAUGGAGUUAGGAGGGACUGAUAUGGUGUUGGGGAUGGAUUGGUUGGCCAGUUUAGGUAAUAUUGAAGCAAACUUUGGGGAGUUAAGCCUGAAAUGGGCAUCUGAAGGACAGAAGCAUAGUAUACAUGGUGAUCCAAUUUUGUGCACCAAACAAGCUUCCAUGAAAGCUAUGAUAAAAGCUUUGCAUAAUGAAGGCAUGGGAUUUUUCCUACAGACUCUGCAGGCAGAGGAGCAGUCCCCAGAAUUGACAGAAUGGGAAGAAGUGUUGGAAUCUUUUGAGAAGGUUUUCAAUCUCCCUACUGGGUUACCUCCUAUAAGGAAGCAUGAUCAUGCGAUUAGGCUCAAGGAUGAAGCUGAUAUACCUAAUCUCAGACCUUAUAGGUAUCCUUUUUUCCAAAAGAAUGAGAUAGAGAAGAUAGUGAAGGAAAUGUUGCAAGCUGGAAUUAUUAGGCAUAGUAACAAGUCCUUUUUCAAGCCCAGUUUUAUUAGUAAAGAAAAAAGAUGGAGGAUGGAGGUUUUGUACUGA